AUGCGUUACGCUGCUGCCUACGUUUUAGCUGUACUUGGUGGUAAUGCCACUCCAGAUGCUGCAACAAUUGCAAAAAUCCUCGGCAGUGUCGGUAUCGACUGUGAUAAAACCAAAGCACAAAAAGUAGUCGAUGCAUGCAAAGGAAAAGAUCUUGAACAAAUCAUCGCCGAAGGUACAAAGAAACUUACAAGUUUACCAGCCGGUGGUGCUGCUGCACCCGCCGCUGCCGCUGCAGCUCCAGCUGCUGGAGGUGAUGCUAAGAAAGGUGGUGCUAAAGAAGAACCAAAGAAAGAAGAAAAGAAGAAAGAAGAAUCGGAUGAGGAAGGAGAUGAUAUGGGCUUUGCAAUUGUUUUCAUCAGUGUCAAUGUUCACAUCGGAACAAUAACAACCAAUACCUUUGCAAUUAUGAAUAAUCCAGCCGAUGAUGAUGAUGACGAUUCGUCCAUCGAUGAUUUUGAACAUCGAAAUGAAAAUUCCGAGACGAAUUCGGCAAAUCCAACGGCAACAACGACUAUUAUUGAAGAUAAAUGGGCUUGCUCCAUAUGUACAUAUUUAAACUUUGCUGUAGCACAAAAAUGUACCAUGUGUCGACAACCGAAACUAACAACAGUGAACGCUGCUUCAGCCGAUAUCUAUCAAUUAAGUGCAUCUUCAGAAUCGAAUACCCAACAAGAACAAGCUCAACAACAACAACAACAAAUACCAGCGACUUAUAUCGAUUCAGUUGAAAAAUGGCCAUGUGAUCAAUGUACAUUUCUUAAUUAUCCACGAGCAGUGCGCUGUACUCAAUGUGGUUCAUAUCGUAUAAUUGGUACAGCACGUGUAUCGCCUGUUCAACCAUCGAUCGAUGCGAAUGUCAAUGAACGAAUUUCCCCACCAGCGUCCACAGCUGAUUCACGUCGUAUUGCCCAACGUUUAAGAAAAUGGACUUGUAAUCGAUGCACAACUGAUAAUUAUCCUGCAACCAAAAGAUGUAUAUCAUGCGGAAACUCACGUCAUCAUAGUACCAACAGUUCGAAUCCAAUCAUCCCAACACCAAUAUGUUCAUCGUCAUCAUCAUCAUCGACGUGUUCAUCAAUCUUAAUCGGUACUGACGAAGAACAGCGUAUGAAUGCUAUCAACAAAUCGAUGGAAAAUAUUAAUGUCGAAAGAGUAUCGAAUAAAGAAAGCAAAACCAAUCGUCUCAGUAGUGAAAAACGUUUCAUAUCGAAUCCAAAGAAGUCUUCAUCGACGCCAUCUGACCGAUUAUGGUUGAAAGCUUGUCAAACACUAUUGGAUCAUGGUUCAUUAACGAUCGUUUUCGAAUAUUUACUCUGCGGCGGUGAUCCAACCCGACAAAUCACAAUUGAGGAUAGUCAAUUUCUUACUUGUUCAUAUUUAUCCUCGAUCGAUCUCGUCGGACGAACGUUGAAGAAUUUAGCAAAUAUAACUGGACAAAUUGAACAAUUCUGUAAAUUUGAAAGUGCAUUUCAACAAUUGAUGAGACAACAAAAGAAACAGCCACAUACACGACGUGUACCAGCAAAUAUUUGUACUCGAAUAAAUGGAAUGAUUCAACAUUUUUUUCACAGUCAUUUGAAACUAAAGAAGAUCACUGAUUUUCAUUCGUACUUUUUAACAGAAUGGUUUACAGCUGUGUUACCAGCAGAAAUUCGUGACUUCUCUCAUCGAACCCAACAGCAAAUAUUCGAUGAUAUUCUUGAUCAACAAGUCCAACAAGAGCUUGAAAUUGAUAAUCGAAUCAUCAACUGGAAUAGUGAAGUCACCACUCGGUUUCAUUCUCGUUUAUAUGCAUUGUGGAAUCGAAAGAAUGGCGAUUGUUUAUUAGAUAGUGUUCUGCAGGUUUGCCUAGGAGUAUGGGAUACAGAGAAUACGCUACGCCGAGCAAUGGCUGAGUGUUUACAACAUGGCUCAAAUAAAUUUUUCGAACGAUGGAGUGAAUACGAACGAUUGGUAGCUGAAAAACAGCAAUACCGGCAAGAUGAACAUCAAUUAAAAAGUGACUGGAAUGAUGUAUUAACAUUCGCAAAUCAACCUGGUGAAAGUUUGGGACAUGCACAUAUAUUUGCACUAUCACAUAUCCUCCGUCGACCGAUCAUUGUUUAUGGUGUGACGAAUGUCAAAUCCUACCGAGGAGAAUAUUUCAUUGGUCUUGCUCGUUUUCAAGGUGUUUACUUACCAUUACUUUGGGAAACGAAUUUCUGUUCAAAAUCACCUAUAUGUCUCGGUUUUACUCGUAAUCAUUUCUCCGCGCUUGUACCUAUGCAAGAACGCAUCAAUAUCUCAUCAUCAUCAUCAUCCCGUUCGUCGUCACCAUUGAUUCUCAAUCACGAAAACGAUGUUCAACAACGUCCACCGCCUUCUUCAUCUUCGUUAAUAACUCAACCACAAAACGAGAAUAAUGACCAACAAAUUUUCUAUCAUCCAUUGAUGGAUUGCGAUGGAAAUCUUCUACCUGUACACUUUCUCACAGCAUCUGAAAUCGGACAUGAACAAGCAAUCCUUCAUCAAUGGCUUGACUGCGGUUUCACAAGUAAUGGUCUAUUAGUAGCUAAACAAAAAGUUGGGAAACGUCCUCAGGUGUGUCAACAGUCACUCGAUGCCUGGCUUCAACUUUAUUCGUCGAACAGUGGUACUCGUCGAAUGGAUUCCUCAUCGAGAUAG